CCUUUUUUUUUUUAUUGUAUAGAAGUGAGAGAGUAAUUGAUUAAAUUUUUGUAAAUUUCACAUAGAUCGUCAUCGUCUUCCUCAUCAUCUAGCUAACCCCUCUUCAAGCUCAAACCCUAGGCCAAUCCCCUUCUUCCUACUGCUACUGCUGCUGCUGCUACUCCGCCCUCUCUUUCGAGCUAUAUUUCUCACCAUCAUCUUCGUCGUCUUCAUCCCCAAUUGGUUGGUAGGGUUUCUGAAUCUGAGAUCAGAGGUUAGUGAAUCGCCUGAGUCGCAUCCUUUGAAGAUCUAUCUCUCUCGACAUCUUCAUUUUUUUCUCUCGACUUCGCGAAGCCUCGCCGCCAACCAGGUGCCAGACUCUCCUUUGCACAUCUCUCGCCCUCUCCUCGUAGAUCUCUCCGCCAGGCGCCGACUCCAACCGCUGGAGAACAGGGAGCCUACCAAAGGAAGAAAAUGUCACCCUUGGACUUUAGCUGGUAGGGUUUUUUAAGUUUGAGAUCAGAGGUUAGUAAGUUGUGCUUUCGAAAGAGAAAAAGAAGAAGAAGACCACAAAUAAGUGCUUGCAUUUCAAGAAUUAAUCAUGGACAGUGAUUCGUGGAGUGCUCGACUUUCUUCUGCAUCUAAGCGAUAUCAAUCAGCUCUUCAAUCACGAUCUGAUAUGUUUAUGGGGUUUGAAGAAAUUGAUGGGGAUGAUGACAUAAGGGAGGAGUUUCCAUGCCCAUUCUGCUCAGAAUAUUUUGAUAUUGUUGGAUUAUGUUGCCAUAUUGAUGAAGAGCAUCCAGUUGAGGCAAAAAAUGGGGUAUGUCCGGUUUGUGCUAUGAGGGUUGGGGUAGAUAUGGUAGCGCACAUAACUCUACAACAUGGAAACAUUUUCAAGAUGCAGCGCAAGAGGAAGACAAGAAAAGGUGGAUCUCACUCAACAACGCUAUCUUUGUUGAGGAAAGAGCUUCGGGAAGGAAAUUUACAAUCCCUUUUCGGGGGCUCAUCUUGUAUAGUGUCAUCGUCAAAUGUUGCACCCGAUCCAUUGUUAUCGUCGUUUAUCUUGCCCAUGGCUGAUGAUUUUGGCAGUGUUCAACCCCCCUUUUUGUCUGAAACAAGCUCAGCAAAGAAAAGUUAUGUUGAGAAUGUAACAGAACGAAAGGUGCAGCCAGCUCCUCUUUCGGUUAAGGACAAGGAAGAGAAGGCAAAAAGAUGUCAGUUUGUUCAAGGGAUGUUGUUGUCCACCAUUCUUGACGAUGGCUUAUGAAGUUCAUAAUGGUUGCUCCAGCACCGGAAUGAAACUCUCACAGCCAACUACACUGCAACUUAUGAUAUGCUUGUAGUGUAUGUCACGUUUUUUAUAUAUAUAUAUAUAUAAAUAUUAUAUAAAAGAAAAAAAAGCAAGAGUGGAAUAAGUUCUAGGGAUGAGUGUAAUUUAUGUGCCUUCUGAACUUAAGUUUCUAGGCGUGAACAAACUCCCGGUAUUUAUGUAUUGUUUCCAGCUUAUUAUCAA